CCACGAGCGCCGAGGGCAUUAGUUUCGCCCGUUGCCGUUAUAUUUCUGACAGAUCUCCGACUGUCGUUAUGCUUAUGCGUAUUUUCCACACUGAUAAGGCUGCCACCGAAGAGAAAACACGCAUAGAUUGACAGUUGACAUCUCUGAUAUCGUGUGAGUUAACGGUAGAGCGUUCCGUCGAGGCCACGGUACGAGCUAAGGACUCGCCAAAAUGGAGGCGGUUCCUAGGCUGCCGAUGAUAUCCUUCGAGCUGAAAGUCAGUCCCGAACCGAGUUCCUUUGGCCCGAAAUUGAAGCAGUACAUACGUGAUUUCUACAAUGAGGAUCCGGAGUCCUACAACAAUGAGAUCCACCAACUCGAAUCUCUCAGGGCAACUGCUGUGCGGCCCCCGAUUGAUGUUACUGGUUGCAACCUACUCAAGAAGUACUACUGUCAGCUGCACUUCCUACAAAGUCGCUUCCCCAUGGGCCAUGAUGGGGCAGCCGCCGUCACUUUCACAUGGAAAGACACAUAUGCCAACAUGGUCUACUCGCUGGCCAACAUCAGAUUUGAGAUAAUAUCCAUCUUGUACAAUGUUGGGGCGGUGCACACUCAGCUCGGGGCCCAGACCGAACGGACUACUGCAGAGGGCAUGAAAAUGGCCUGCGCCCACUUUCAGUGCGCUGCGUGGGCCUUCGACCACUUGAAAAACACUUACCCUCAGCCACCUGGUGUUGACUUGGCCCCCGAUCUCAUGACCUUUAUGCAUCAGCUGUGCCUCGGUCAAGCCCAGGAAUGCAUACUGGAGAAAAGCAUGCUAGACAAUCGUAAAGCAACUAUCGUUGCUAAGGUAGCCACUCAAAUAGUUGACUACUACAACUUGGCAUUAAACACACUUGAGCAAGGAGGAAACGACGAUGGCUGUGUCGCAGAUACAGUCGGCAGUAAAAUCUACAAGAGCUGGAAGCGGUACGUCCGUUUCAAGAAACUCUACUACCUGGCGGUGUCUCAACUGUACCAAGGCCAGUCGGCGGAGGAGCAGCAGAAGAUGGGAGAGAGGGUGGCGUUCUACAAUGCGUCACUGACAACACUGAACGAGGCUCGUGUUCUCUACACAAGUACAAAGGGAGGUGGCAUAAUGACGACUAAUGAGGACAAAGAGGCGGUGGAGGACGCGCUUACAUUCACCAAUGAUGUCAUUGAGGGGAAACGAAAAGCGGCAAAAAACGAGAACGAAUUUAUUUACCACGAGGAGGUGCCGGAAAGGGAUGCCCUGCCCUCAAUAAAGGGCGCUUCUCUUGUCAGAGGAAUUCCCUUCAGUGUUAGCGACUCUGAGGUUUCUGGUCCAGACAUAUUUGCCAGAUUAGUACCAAUGAAGGUGCACGAAGCGAGUUCACUGUACUCAGAGGAGAAAGCAAAGGUCUUGCGAUUAGUUGGAGCUAAGAUAGAAGAACGAGAUCAGCAGCUAGUCACGUACUUGGCAUCCCUACGACUGGAAAACUUGAACCUUUGGGACCCUGACAACAAAGACUCCAACACUUUGGCUUUGCCCGAGGAGUUGGCUGAACGUUGCGCAGCCUUGAAUGCAAAACCAACCGCUAUUCAGGAUUUGAUUGAUGCGAUGGGGAAGCUCGCCGAUACUUACCAUGAUGUUGAAGCCAUGCUCAAGGACAUAGACGAGAUGUUAACUCAUGAAAAAACUCGAGAAACAGAGUAUCAGGUGGUGCUUGGGAAGAGACCGCCAUCCAUAGUAGCAACGGAUUUGACCCGAGAGGCCAACAAGUAUCAAGAGGCUCAUGCAAAGGCUUCAGAAAGCAAUCAAGCCCUACACCGGGCGAUGACUCUGCACGUCAAUAACCUGCGAAUUCUCGCCCAACCGCUGGCUGAUCUGAUGGCUCACAUUCCUUCCCCGAAGACUCGAUCUAGCGGAAACGAAGCAGCAGAGAAGGAGGGUGACGCAAUUGCCAGGGAACUGAAACGAAUCCUGGGUAAAGUGGACGAAAUGCGACGCCAAAGGAGUGAACUACACACACAACUUAGAGACUCGAUAGCCCAAGACGACCUGACUCGACUCUUGGUCACUGCCAGCACAGAGCCAGGAUCGCUGGAUCGUUUGUUCGCAGAGCAGUUAAGCAAGCACAAUAGACUGAUCGGCCUGAUAGAGCAGAACCUUGCUGCCCAAGACAACAUCCUAACUGCCCUGACGGACGUCUAUGCUCGAAGCGCGGACUCCCGCAAGGCCGUCGAGGAGGUUCUGAAGCGACGUGACGCGAUGGUGAACUCAUUGAUCUCGUCCUACGAUGCAUACGAAGAUCUGCUGGCCAAGUCGUCCAAGGGGCUAGAAUUCUAUAGAAAACUCGAGACGAACGUCUCAAAGCUGCUACAACGAGUCAAGAGCACAUGCAAGGUACAGGAGGAGGAACGUGAGCAGAUACUUGCACAGAAUAGUAAAACCAGCUCAAAGGCGGUCGAGUUUGCCGUGUCAGACGAGCCCGCGCCGACCAGUGGGGGCCUCAAGCUGAAGGACUACCUCGCUUCCAGGCAGAAAGGUAUCAUCCCCGUGGCAGCGGCAGUGGCGGCGCCGACCUACCAAAAUCCGCAUUACGGUCCACAACAUGCGAUUCAAUCGGGCUCGCCACAGCCGCUACCAGCUGUUCGGCCAGCGCCAGUGGGACAGGAAGGAAGCGACCCGACUUCAGCCAGUGUCUCGGAUUCUAGUGAUCCGGAAAGGGGAUAUCAAUACCCCGUGGCUUACACCGACUAUUACACAACCCAGCGGGGAUCCAAUGACUUGGCUCACGGCUACGGACACUAUGCUGAAUACGCCGUCGGCGGGUUGAACUCCAGCCUACCAAAGUCUGGUACUACUAACACAAACAGCACCUACCGCCAGGCUAAUGGCUCAACCGAUACAACAGAGGUCACCAGCUUCAACGGACAGUACAGUAAUUACGAACAGUCGCGCUAUCCCCAAAACAAUCAGAGUCAAUAUCCAUCUGCUGCCAUGCAGCAGUUGCAUUACAAUCCAGCUGCUUACACCUCUUAUCCAGGAUACUCGUACUCUGAGCAGGGUUACCUGCCACAGAAUUUAGUGACUCCGCCUCAGAGUGGUCAGCCUGCACACUCGGCUGCUGGGAAUACUGACGCUGCUAAAGGAAAUCCUCCGGGCAUGUCAACGCUUGGUGACAAUCGGCAGAACGUGGUACAAGCCGGACUGCCUCUUAGGGAGGAUCAGCAGAAUCUGAGUCAGGUCUCGAAAACCCAGCCGCAGCUCAGCCAAAGCCAGCAGAUUGCUGGGCAGAUACUCCAGUAUGAGACACAGAACACCCAGCUGCAGCACAGCCUGCAGCAAAUGUCUCAGCAGAAUGUGCAAGUAUCGCAGAUACCAGCUGCUCAGAUUCCAUCCCACAGUCACCAGUCCUACGCACCUAAUCAACAAAUGACAUCUCAGUAUCAAGCCGCCAUACCAGGCCUGCAGCAACCCGUUUCUCAAUCUCAACCUCAACAGAUCUCUUCUCAAUCUCACAACAUCCCUCCGCCCAGCCAAGAAAGUACGCAGUCGUCGACUGGCAUUCCGGCCCAGUAUUCGCAGCCCCAAUACUCCAACAGCACAUACACAAAUCCAUAUCCACCAGGUGUGCACCAGAAUCAACAGGGCUAUUCAAACUCCACUUCAUCCCAGCAUCAGCAGAUUCAGUCACAGUUGCAAUCGCAUCAUGGACAGUCUCGAGUCCAGGUUCAACCUGGCAACGAGGUACAAGGGCAAAACACGCACGUCACUCAGAGUUAUUCCAAUAGCCAACCGAGCUACGAAGGCUAUCAGAAUCCUUACGGUGCGACGGGAUAUCUGACACAAACUACGCAGAAUUCGACCAUACCACUAGGCUAUGUAGCAGAGGGCUACGCUAACCAUUCCGAGAUGAUACAGAGCCACACCAAAUCGUACUCCACUUCACAGAGUUGUUAUCCUCAAAGUUAUCCUUACUCCUCUCUCCAGGGCAGUCAGAUUCCUGGACAAAUGCAGUACCAAGGCUACUCGCAGAGUUAUGAGAACACCUACAAUGCACCUCUGCAAACAGAUUCGUACAAGGGUCAUCCUGGCUACACUUAUGACCCGAUGACCGGGGGCUAUCAGUAUAGUUCCGGGUACCAAAAUUCGCAGAUUGCGCAGCCUGAGGUAAGCAGUAUUGUUGAAAGCAGCGGUGGCUCGAUACUUCAGCAGCACCAGGCGUCUAGCAAUUAUGCGCCGCAAGAUGCCAACACGCAGUAUACUAUUGCCAGUAAUAAUAAUGGCACCAAUCACACACCAUCAUCUCAGUACAAUCAGCAGUCCUACCAGACACCGAAUUACAAUCAAGCCUACUAUACACCACCGUACGGCCAUCAGGGACAAGAAAGCAGUAGUUCUGAGAUAAACCAGAAUGGACGAACGCAGACGUACAUGCAAGCGACGAAUAACGCGACGAACACGACAACGAGUCCAUCGGUGGAGGAGAAGAAAAUAGAGAUAAAUUCGGACAAGCCGAAGUCCAACAUAGAUUUGUUGGCAGACCUCGAAUUCAGCAUAAAUCACGUCCCUCUGGUUCCUGAAGUGAACCCUGCGAGUAAACCAGAUGGUAAAAGCAACACCACAGAUGGUGAGAAGGUGUUGAAACCUUUACCGAAGGCUAGUGAUGAGGUGCCCACCAAACCGGAACCGGAGAUCGAGAUAAAGAGCGAAGAAAAAAUGGAAAAUCUGCAGAUCGUUUGGGACACCUGGUACAAUGAUGUUCAACCCAAAAAAGACCCGCUCGGAGAUCCGCAGACAUUGCAAAAGUUUGCCUAUGAUGUUGAGAAGUAUGAAAAAUUUAUGGAUAGCCUGCUGACGAAGACGCUAAGCGGUGCAACGACAUUGGACAUUAAAUGGAAAGAAGUUCGGGACUUUCAGGAACGAGAGGAACAAAAACAGUCCACGCUUGUUGCGCUCGCUCACGCUGCCGAGAACAGGUCCCUGGGGUCUGUUCCUUACGAUUCAUCGAGAGUCCAUCUCUGCGCUGAGGAUUCUUAUGUCAACGCGUCUCACGUCAAAGACAUAACGCCAUGCAUACCGGUUGCUUUCAUCAUUGCGCAAGCACCGACUACUGACACAAUGAUAAACUUUUGGACGAUGAUCUGGGAACAGGAAUGCGAAGUUAUCGCUUGCCUGGCAUCAAAUUUGCAGCUGAACAACGAAAUUUACUGGCCUACAGCAAAGGGAGAAGACUUGAUCGUUGGGAAUUUCAUAUUGUCACUGGAGAGCAGCAUAGACCACACGACUUACGUCCAAAGAAUAAUAUCAUUGAAAUACACAGAGAAGAAAACUUCACGUAUCGUGGUGCACAUGCAAUUCAGCAUGUGGCCGGUCAACGGUUAUCCAAGCAGUCCUGGACCUUUACUGACAUUUUCGAACGAUACGCUUUCGGAACAGGCCCUCAGACGAUCUCGUAGGCCAAUCGUGGUACACUGCGUCGACGGCGGUACACUGAGCGGAUUAUUCUUGCUGGCGGUAGCUUCUGUGUGUAACGUGCGAGCUGGACGCGGACUCGUCGAUGCAGGUCUUGUAUUUUCGACCCUAGUCAGAUUUCGGAAAUCCCUCGUCGAUCAGGACUCCCUGUUGUUUGCGUAUCGUACGAUUUUGUACCACGCUCAAGACACCCUUAUGAAACGUGGAAUUUUGUCCUCGUCACGGUCAACCUUUGAGUGCUUCGAUGGAAACAAAUCAAGGAAGGGAAGAAGCAAGAUACAGCAGCGGCAUCCUUCGGAUGACUUUCUUCACAACCUGGCAGCCGGCAUGCUGCGCACCUCGCAAGAUUUUGUCACAGGUGGCUCGAAGAGCUCUUUGUCUGACAGUUUGUCGUCGACUACAUCUGUCGAGACUCGCGAAAAAUCCGAGGAAGUUAAACCCGUGGAUCCUCUGAGUCAGCUAGACCCUAUGUGGUCGAUUAGGAAAUAAGGAACGGAUGGAUUGUUUGAUUGAAAUGUCUUCUUGUUUGGCAAUUAUAUUCGAAAUGAUUUUUGCCAUAGAAGAGACCGACUUGAUGAUUUAUUUCAAAGAGAUUAUUUCAUUAAACGUAUGUGUGCACGAUAUAAAGAAUCAGUAUAAAUUUCUAAUUUAUAUGAAGUUGAUGAUAUACAUUGUACAGUUAGAAUUUGUACAAAAUAUUAAUUGACCAGUUACUCUGUUGGAUUAUAUUUUUAAUCCAGAAUGAUGCUAUCAUUUUACAAUCAGAUUUAUAAAUGUAUAUAUCAAUAUAAUAUUUACUAGGACUGUGCGGAUUCCAGAAUUUUUGGGGAAAAAAGUUCGGUUUCGAGACGGGUUUGUAUCGGACCGAGUUUUUUGCCGAAAUCUUCAAAAAAACAAAAAUUUUUCAGAAACCCGAAACGUAAUUAACUUAACUUACCUAAUAUUUAUAAUAUUGGACAAAUAUUGAAUACUAAUAGUAAAUAGUAUAUAUCUAAAUGACAUAAAUAUUUUCAGUAAAAAGUACAUCAUCUUUCAUUGGGAGAUCCGAGAAUCCCGAAAAUUUUGACGAAACUCAUAUUUUCGGGAAUCCCGGCAUUUUCAUGAAUC